CCCGUCAUGCUAUGAGGGUAUCCGUGUCGUUUUGUAGACAUUACUGUCUGGUUACUUUCCAUUAUUACUCUGUAAACUUUUAUCUCCUCUCCUAUCUGGGAUGAUAACAUUCAUGGAGAAAUAAGGCUGGCUGUAUGUGCCGACGCCCCUUGCCCACAUACGCUAUUGUUAUAUUUCCGCAUUAGAAGGAAAGUAUUCCCACUUGGCGAUUCACUCAGCGCUCUGCAGUAUACUGUCAAUCUAUGACAAUGAAUACAUUCACCUGUGUGCUCGUGAUCGUGUGUGCUGUGAAGCUGCACUGGGCUUCCCUUCAAUCAAAUUUCGUUCCUUGUGCGGAGCAUUGCAAGUGCCGGUACCCAACCAGAGACACCCCAACACAAUAUAUGGACUGUAUCAACCAAAGCCUAACUUACUUUCCAAAAGAAACAAAGCUGAAAACAACCGUGCCAACUUACAUAUUCUUCAUAGGCAACAAGCUAACAGUUGUAAACAGUGCAACAUUUCGAAACAUAUCCAGGCUACGGGUAGUGUUUCUGAGACUGCGCAAAAAUGGUAUUAAGAACAUAUCCAGGGACGCAUUCAAUACUCUACGCUUUCUGCAACAUUUAGAUUUAAGCUAUAACAGCAUCAAUCUCCAACAGCUGAGGAGUUCAUUUAGAUCUAUCAGAAGCAAAAGCUUUCAGAAUCUGAACAUGAGCCAUAUGAACAUCGAGGCCAUCCCAGAAAAUAUGUUUGAAUCAUUCGGGAACCUAUCUGCAGUCAAUAUUUCACUUGCCCACAAUAAUCUUACAUUAUUCAAUACAAAGGUGAUUGAAACUGUUCCUGGUUUGAAGUUUCUUAAUCUUGCCUGGAAUAAACUCACCAAUUUAUCAAUGUGGGCGAACCUUUCCAGUAAUAUGGAACGAUUAAAACUGGAUAAUAAUUACUUGUAUGAUGUCCCCAAUUUCUGUAAGAACAAUAGCCUAUCUUUCUUUCCUGAACUUGUAAGACUCAAUCUGCAAUUCAAUUUUAUGAGAACUAUAAAUCCAGAACACUACAGCUGUUUAAGCCAACUGAGGAGAUUUCAUCUCAAUGGAAAUUUGUUUAAGACUUUGAAAACGAACAUGUUUGCCGGUCUGCACUCCAUUGAAAGAAUCACGUUGUCGGAAACAUUUGCUCUGCUGAAAAUCGAAAAGGCUCCGUUUAAUAACACCAGUCUUAAGAAGGUAUUUUUCCGAAAAAAUGCAUUAUACACAGAAAUGCACAGGGGUCAUCUCAACAUUUUCGAAGGUUGUACAUCGAUGGAACUGUUAAACAUGGCUGACAACAUUUUAGAUAAAACAAGCGAAGCACAGUUUGAUGAGUUAUUUAAACCGUUAGGAAAUUUGACAACCUUGAUUAUGGGGGGCUGUCGACUGACUCAAAUCCCACGGGCAGUUACCAAAUACCUUCGUAAUCUUAAAGAACUUGUACUCUACAACAACAGGAUCAGUUCCUGGCCAGAUGGGACGCUGAACAGUCUGGUUUAUCUGCAGAUAGUCUAUAUGAGGCAGAAUGUGAUAUCUAUUGUUUCUGAACAGUCUUUUCCUCCAGGAUUCAGAAGAAGAGCCAAGAAGGUGGAUUUGUCAUCUAACGCGUUUCAGUGUACUUGUGAACUGAAGUGGUUUAUCCACUGGAUGAAGAUAGAGCCUCAGGUAUUCAAUGUUACCGAUUUUCACCAAAACUACAAAUGUAUGUCUCCUUCUUCCGUUCAUGGUGUUGACCUCGCGCACAUUAUACUGUCCAAAAACAUAUGCAUGCUUGACCUUAACUCGAAAAUAAUCACGUUGACAUGUUCAACGUUGUUGGUGGUGUUUGUUGUGGUCGGCUCGGUUCUAUAUCACCUUCGAUGGCAUUUGCGAUAUCUUAUAUACAUGAUGAGAUACAACAACCGCCACGAAGUAGACACUGGUCACUAUGAAUAUGACGCAUUCAUCGCCUAUGGUCAGAACGACAGGCCGUGGGUUAUUAAGACACUCAUGCCUAUUCUUGAAGGUCAAGGUCAACUGAAACUAUGCAUCCAUGACCGUGAUUUCGAGGUAGGCAAGCUCAUUGUUGAUAAUAUUGUGGAUUGCAUUGACAAUAGUCGCUGUUUGGUGAUUAUUCUAUCAAAUAGUUUUGCCGAAAGUGGUUGGUGCCAGUUUGAACUGGCACUUAUUCAAAGAUAUAUACUUGAGAAUGGCAACCGCCCCCUGGUGGUGGUGAUGCUAGAAGAAAUAAACACUCGUCACGUGACCAAAGCUAUGAGGGCAAUGCUGCAGACGACAACUUACUUACUGUGGGGCGAGGAAGACUAUGCCAGGAAAGCAUUCUUCAAUCGACUGCGUCUGUUGCUGCAUAGGCCUACACACAAGGCUAGGAAAAGAACAAAUUCGGUGUGAACUGGAGUGGGGUGGCUUAGUGGUUAAAGCCUUCACUUGGUAUGCUAAAUACCUGGUUCGAAUCUACACACGUGGCCAUUAAUAGUGUCUCCGCUUUUUGCAGGAAAUCGGCGCAAAUACAUGCUCAGUCGGUGUAAACCUGGCAUAUCUGUGAAACUGGCCACAUCAGGCUGUAGACAUACAGAACUUACACUGAACUGCCUGAAACACCAACGAAUGAAAGCUAUUGUCAUGAUUUCUUGUACUUUAGUCUAUGCACUCUGAUUUAUACCCUGCUCUGUCAAUCAACGUACAUAGUAUCAACUAUAGUUUCUUAAUGUAUUGAUUGUUGUUUCAUUAUUACUUUUGGCAAGCAUUGCAUACAACCACUGGUAACUGAGCUAAUGGCAUAUAUGCUGCUGGGGAAUUCACACAGGAAGAGGAGUCACUGUAUGCCCCAUGAUCCCCAGUAUUAAUUUGUUUGUUUGUUGUUGUUUAUAGUCUUCCAGCUUUAUGACGGCGGUCUGUAAAUAAUCGAGCCUGGACCAGACAAUCCAGUGAUUGACAUCAUGAGCAUCGAUC